GAAAUGCAGAAUCUCUCUCUCUCUCUCUCUCUCUCUCUCUCUCGCUCUCUCUGAAUUCUUAAUCUGAUUCCCAAUAAUACAUACAUACAUACAUAUAUAUAUAUAUAUAUCUAUAACAGAGGAGAGAUAAGAAGAUAAGGUUUUGGUGGUGGUGAAGAUGAUGAUGGCGACUACGACUCUGCAACUGUUUCAACCGCCACUUCCCUCCACUUCUUCCUCCAACACCUCUCUCCAAACUCUUUCUCUUCACAGCUAUCUUCAAUUGCAGUCGCCGAGAAAAUGCUCUGUUCGCCAUUACUGCCAGAAGAUGAGCUCCGGGAGGCGGCGGAGGAGCGCCGGAGUUGUGUUUGUUGGUAAGGAAGAAACCCAAUUGCGUGUUCCCUCCGCCGAAGAUGAUCAGGUCGAGGAGGUGGCGGAAGAGAAGGACCCAAGUCCUGAAGACCUCGAAUACAUAUCCCAAAUCAAAAGGGUUUUGGAGCUUCUGAAGAAAAACAGAGAUAUGAUCUUUAGCGAGGUUAAGUUGACCGUAAUGAUUGAGGACCCAAGAGAAGUCGAGCGAAGAAGACUUAUUGGUAUUGAUGAUUCUGAAACUCCAACAAGGGAGGAUUUAGCUGAUGUCUUACAAGAAGUCAAUGAAGGAAAAAUCCCCAAAAAUCGUGUUGCUCUUAAGAUGCUGGCUGAUGAAAUGGUCCAAUGGCCUAAUUUGGAGGUUGAAGUACCAAAGGCGAAACGUCGCAAAUCCCUAUAUGCAAAAGCCACGGACACUGGUAUUGAUCCUGAAGUAGCUGCUAAGAGACUCAAUAUCGAUUGGGAUUCCGCUGCUGAUAUUGAGGAUUCUGAUGACACUGACGAUUCAGAAGUGCCUGCAGCCGUGGGAUAUGGAGCACUCUACCUUGUCACCGCAUUCCCAGUCAUAAUUGGUAUCUCUGUAGUGCUAAUUCUCUUCUACAAUUCACUUCAAUAAAAAAUUAUCCAUAUCAUUCUGAUGUAUAUUCUUUGGGCCUUGUCCAUGCAAAGAAUUAAAUAUCAAAGUCGUACUGACCUUGACUCCACUUGUGUUUGUAUAUUGAAAUGAGAAAAAAUGAUGAUUUUUUCUGAUGAA